AUGGCGCUCACGCGGCGUGCGGUCGAGGAGCAGGUGCAGGCAGGAGCUGGCUGGGUGCGCCAGCCCGUGGAGACCAAGCCAGCCUUCUCUGUGGGCACGCUGCGCAAGGCGGUUCCGGCGCACUGCUGGCAGCGCAGCCUGUGGCGCUCGUCCGCCUACCUGCUGGCAGACCUGGCCAUGCUGGCGGCCCUUGUCUACGCCUCCACCCACAUAGACGCCGCCCCCGUGCCCGCCGCCGUGCGCUGGCUGGCUCUCUGGCCCGCAUACUGGUUCUUUGCCGGGGCCGUGGCCACCGGCCUCUGGGUGAUUGCCCACGAGUGCGGCCACCAGGCCUUCUCCGACUACCAGGCCGUGAACGACGGCGUGGGUCUGGCGGUGCACUCCUGCCUGCUGGUGCCCUACUACUCCUGGAAGCACUCCCACCGCCGCCACCACUCCAACACGGGCAGCCUGGCCAAGGACGAGGUCUUUGUGCCGGAUGCGCGUGAGGAGGCGGCUGACAAGUGGGAGCUGGAUCAAGCCUUCCCUGUGCGCCUGAUCAGGCUGGUGGGCACGCUGACCAUCGGCUGGCCGCUGUACCUCCUCUUCAACUUCUCCUCCCACCAUUACGACGAGGCCUGGGUCAACCACUUCAAUCCCUGGAGCCCCAUCUUCAGCAAGCGCGAGCGCGUGGAGGUGGCUGUGAGCGACGUGGCGCUGGUGGCGGUGCUGUGCGGGCUGCGUCAGCUGGCGGCGACGAUGGGCUGGGCCUGGCUGGCCAAGACCUACAUCGUGCCCUACCUCAUCGUCAACUUCUGGCUGGUCACCAUCACCCUGCUGCAGCACACGCACCCAGAGCUGCCUCACUACACGGACGACGAGUGGGACUGGCUGCGCGGCGCCCUGGCCACCGUGGACCGCGACUACGGCUGGCUGCUCAACAGCCUGCACCACCACAUCGCCGACACGCACGUGGCGCACCAUCUCUUCUCCUCCAUGCCGCACUACCACGCACAGGAGGCGACCGCCGCGCUCAAGCCCCUGCUGGGAGACUACUACCGCAGCGACAGCCGGCCCUGGUUCAAGGCUCUGUGGCAGGACCAUAGCAUGUGCAGGUACGUCGCACCCGACACCCCCGGCAGCGGAAUCCUCUGGUUUAGGCGCUGA